UAGAUGGCGUACUAGCCAGAGAGAGACACAGCAAACCACCAGUUUUGAUUUCGCCGGAGCCGGAGGCGGCGAUGAAGUUCGGGAAGCGGCUCAAGAGGCAGAUCGAGGAGAGCCUGCCGGAGUGGCGCCACCAUUUCCUCAACUACAAGGAGCUCAAGCGCCGUGUCAACGCCGUCGUCGUCUCCUCCUCCCCCGACCCGGACCCGGCCUUUCUCGCCCUCCUCCACGCCGAGGUCGACAAGUUCAACGCCUUCUUCCUCGAGCGGGAGGAGGACUUUGUCAUCCGCCAGCGGGAGCUGCAGGAGCUGAUCCAGAAUAGCGCAGCGGCACCGGCGGAGAUGGGGCGCGUGCGGAAGGAGGUGGUGGACCUGCACGGCGAGAUGGUGCUGCUGCUCAAUUACAGCAGCAUCAACUACACCGGCCUGGCCAAGAUCCUCAAGAAGUACGACAAGCGCACCGGCGGCGUGCUCCGCCUCCCGGUCAUCGCCGGCGUCCUGCAGCAGCCCUUCUACGCCACCGAGCUCCUCUCCAAGCUCGUCAGGGACUGCGAGGCCAUGAUGGACGCCGUCUUCCCGCUCGUCCCCGCCGCCGACGCCGCCGCCACCAGGGAGGCCGACCGCGACGCCCUCGCCGCCGCCGAGGCCCAGCAGAGCAUCUUCCGCAACACCGUCGCCGCCCUGCUCACCAUGCAGGAGGUCCGCAGCAGCAGCUCCACCUACGGCCACUUCUCCCUCCCGCCCAUGACGCCGCUGCCGGACUUCGACUGGCUGCAGCAGUCCGUCCAGCCGCCGCCGCCGUCGCCGCUCAUCCCCACCUAGUCGUCACGGCAACGCCGCCCUUCUCUGCAACAUUGUCAGCUUUUUUUUUGUUUGUUUUUUUGGCAGCAAACUGAAAAGUAAAAGAACAGACAUGUAAUUACAAAUCUGUAGUAUUUUCUCUCUGUUUUUUUGGUGUGUGUUUCUUAUCAUAAUUUCUCUAACACUAAGGAGUAAAUAAUGUAACCGAUGAGAUCAAUACGCAUGCUUCUUGAUGACCAUAAUUAAGAAUUAGGUAUAGUAUUACAUUGCAGAUUCAUAAGUGCUCAAAUUAUCUCCUAUGGAUUGGUGUGUUUAUGCUGGCCAAUAUAUGAUUAUUGCCAAUUAUUGUUUUACGGCAAAAGAAUAAUAAG